AUGGGGCACCACCAGAUGCAGAACGCGAUGAUGUUCAACGGCCCGGGGCAGCAGCAGCAGUACGUGGGGCCGGUGGGCACCCAGCAGCUCAUGGCCAGCAUGCAUCUACAGAAACUCAACACCCAGUACCAGGGUCACCCGCUGGGCAUGAGCAACGGGCCCCUGGGAGCCGGGGCCCAGCAGUACAGAGUGGGGCCAAACCAGCACCCGGCCAUGCAGCACAUGCCCUCGCCAGCGCUGACCUUGAAUGUUAUGGACACCGAUCUCAUAGAUGAGGAGGUCUUGACAUCCCUUGUCCUGGAACUGGGCUUGGACCGGAUUCAGGAGCUGCCGGAGCUAUUCUUGGGACAGAACGAGUUCGACUUCAUUUCAGACUUUGUUAGCAAACAGCAACCCAGUGCUAUCAGCUGCUGAGGGGCUUCGAGCUCCUCCUUGUGUCUCGGUGGUGUUGAGUUUGUCUCUAACUUCCUCCUCCACCUGCAGCCCUCCCCCCCUGCCCCGGCCUGGAUCCCUCACCUCCCCACGGAGGCACCGCGGACGCUGCCUGGCAGGGGAUUGCUUGGCUCUGCUCUGUGGGAGUUCCUGGGGAGGGGGCACGAACCCCGAACGGAGAGCAGAGCAAGAGCUCUUGCUGUAGAGCUGCCUCUAAAGGGCAUUAACAGGAUUUCUGGCUUAAGUAGA